AGGCGCCAGGAUCACUCAGUGAGCCGGAGAGGCGAGCGGAGUCUGCCAAUCACUAGGAAUACUUCGGCAGUAGCGGCUGGAGGGGAGCAUCGUGACGGCAGGAGCACGAGGGGCAGUUGGGGGCGCCGCGCACCGAGCAGCGGGGACUGCGCAGCCAUGCGAGCAGCGGCGGGGGGCGCUGGGGCGGUUGCGCUGGCGCUGCUGCUGGGGGCGCUGCACUGGGUGCCGGCGCAUGGCCAAGAGUACGACUACUACGGCUGGCAGACCGAGCCGCUGCACGGGCGCUCUUACUCCAAGCCGCCCAAGUGCCUCGACAUCCCCGCCGACCUGCCGCUCUGCCACACCGUGGGCUACAAGCGCAUGCGGCUGCCCAACCUGCUGGAGCAUGAGAGCCUGGCCGAGGUGAAGCAGCAGGCGAGCAGCUGGCUGCCGCUGCUGGCCAAGCGCUGCCACUCCGAUACGCAGGUCUUCCUCUGCUCGCUCUUCGCGCCCGUCUGCCUCGACCAGCCCAUCUACCCGUGCCGCUCGCUGUGCGAGGCCGUGCGCGCCGGGUGCGCGCCGCUCAUGGAGGCCUAUGGCUUCCCCUGGCCAGAGAUGCUGCACUGCCACAAGUUCCCCCUGGACAACGACCUGUGCAUCGCUGUGCAGUUCGGGCACCUGCCCGCAACCGCGCCUCCAGUGACCAAGAUCUGCGCCCAGUGUGAGAUGGAGCACAGCGCCGACGGCCUCAUGGAGCAGAUGUGCUCCAGCGACUUUGUGGUCAAGAUGCGCAUCAAGGAGAUCAAGAUAGAGAAUGGGGACCGGAAGCUGAUUGGAGCCCAGAAGAAGAAGAAGCUGCUGAAGGCGGGCCCCCUGAAGCGCAAGGACACCAAGAGGCUGGUGCUGCACAUGAAGAGCGGCGCAGGCUGCCCCUGCCCGCAGCUGGACAGCCUGGCCGGCAGCUUCCUGGUCAUGGGCCGCAAGGUGGACGGGCAGCUGCUGCUCAUGGCCGUCUACCGCUGGGACAAGAAGAACAAGGAGAUGAAGUUUGCCGUCAAAUUCAUGUUCUCCUACCCCUGCUCCCUCUACUACCCCUUCUUCUAUGGAGCAGCCGAGCCCCACUGAAGGGCACCCCGCCCUGCCCCACCAGCUGGCUGUGCCUUGCCCUCUGUUCCCACCCCUGGGGGCGCAUCGACACCUCCGGCCCCUGGGGCUGUCCUUGACCAAGGGGUCCUGGGGUGUCUGGGAGCUUCCUUUCUUUGAAGCAAGGGUUUCCCUUUUGGGUGAACGGCCCCAGGGUCUCAGAAAGUAGGCAGAGCAGGGAGAGACGGAGGGAAGCAUGGAGGGGCCGUGAGCAGCCCAGGUGGUUUCUGAGUGGACUCUGGUGUCACCCCCUGUGCUGGGAGCGGGGCCUCGAGUGGGAGAGGGAAGUCUGGGCGUGAGGCCGCGCUGCUUGGAGGAGAGUCUGCACCCCACCACCCCAUCACAUGUCCUCUUGUAGCCCCCAAGGGAAAGGCAUUAGGGUCACCGUGCCCUCCAGCCACACCUCCCCACGGUCCCCAUCUCCUGCCGGUUCCCUCCCCCCAGACUGGAGAGAAGCCCAGCCCACACCCCUCCCAUAGGCUCGCUCUUGGGGUUCAUCCACAGCCCCCGCAUGUCCCUUUCACCUUGACGAGUAAAUUAUUGCUACUGCUACAAGGCAACAGGUACUAAACUGACGCAGGUCGGCUUUGGUUUUUCAAUGUUUUUUAAGUUUUUAAUUAAA